AUGCCCUUAAACCUACGAUCUCAUUCUUCUUCUUCUUCUUCUUCUUCUCCCCCAAAGAUAAUAAUUGCCGAUUGGGACGAAACCCUAACCACCAAAGAUACAAUCCAGUACUUGGCUCAAGUUCCUUACAUCAACAACUCCAAACUACAGCCCCCAUUCAGCCACUAUACUCAAAUAUACAUGUCCAAUUACGAAGCUUACAAAUCGCAAUUUGGCCCAUGUGUAACCUUAGAUGAUCACGUACGGUUUCAACAAGGUAUGCUUCCAAUUGAAAUGAGUUCAGUCACUGCUCUUGAACACGAUGGCAUUUUUCGUGGUUUAACCAAGGACCAGAUACGUAAUCAAGCUGCUGGGCAUGUUGAGUUGCGGCCUGGUGCUGUUGAUUUUUUGCAACGGUGUUUGGUGUUGGACAAACAAGUGGUUAUUUUGAGUGUUAAUUGGACGAGUUUGAUUAUUGAAGAAGUAUUGAAGCGUAAUGGGAUUGACAAUGAUAGGGGAGUGAAUGGGAGUAAAAUCAAGAUCAUUACUAAUGAAUUUGAAUUCAAGAAUGAAGAAGAGCUGCUGUUGGUGGAUGAGCAAGUGAGUGGCUCUAAGCUUACUCCUACCAGCACCACCACUGGGUUCUGGUUGCCAAGUCCCGCAAUUAGAACGUCUCUGGACAAGUUAACCUAUAUCCAUCAACACCACUCACCUAAUGGAGAUGAGGUAAUGUAUAUUGGCGAUAGUUUGACUGAUUUAUUACCCAGUUUGAAUGUAUCUUUGCCUUGUGCUAUCAAAGAUACCAAAUUGGAUCAAGUAUUGACACAAUUGGAGGUUGAUCAUUUCAGUGGCUCGUGGUUUGAUUUAAUAAAGUUGAUUGAAUGA